CUGGGCGACCGGGUCGAGGUCAGCUCCGACGACCCCGGGUUCCGCGGCUCCAGGUUCGCCGGCACCGUCAUCCGCCGCGAGGCGAAGAACCCUAAUCGCUACGUAGUCGAGUACGACCAGCUCUACGAGGACGAAUCUGGGGAGAAGCUGCUGCAAGAAACCCUCGAUUGGAUCCAAUUGCGUCCGCCGCCGCCGCCUCCCGAGAAGAAGAAGGUCCAGUUCAAGUUCGGCGACGAAGUGGAGGCCUUCCACAACGACGGCUGGUGGGAAGGGGCUAUUACUGCGGAGCACUCCGGCGGGAAAUUCGCGGUGUUCCUCAGAGGCUCAAAGGAGCAGAUUGUGUUUGAAGAGAAAGAUUUGAGGUUGCCUGUUCAGUGGGUGAUGAAGUUCACUCAAGGAAUGCAAGUCGAGGUGACAACUGACGAGGACGGUCUCAAAGGUGCUUGGUUUGCUGCAACAAUUAUUGAACCUUCUGGUGAAGACGAGUAUCUUAUUGAGUACAAAACCCUGACGAAUGAUGAUGAUACUGAGUUUCUCAGAGAAGACAUUCGUGCUUGCAACAUAAGGCCUUGUCCGCCGGAGAUCAUUGUUGUGGAUGGAUUCAAGGUGAUGGAUGAAGUAGAUGCUUACUACAACGAGGGCUGUUGUCUCCCCGACAUCAAUCUCCAAAUCGUCACCCAUUUCGCGCCAGAGAAGAAGACCCCUCACAACGAAGCGAGAGCCUGGAGGCAAGUAGAGGAAGGAAUGAAGAGGUAG